AUGAUUAAACUGCGCGACUCCGGAACUGCCAACGACAAAAUCGAAAGAAGAGCGCGAACCUUUCUUUGGUUAGCGAUCCUGAGCUUCUUCUCAGCCGUCUUCUGCUUCCGCCAUCUCCUCUACACCUCAUGGACGCUGGCCGCCCUCCCACUCCACUGGCGAGCCCAUCGCGAUAGCUUCCUCCUCUCACAAGAACGAGAUGGCUUCGACGUCACAUUUUCCAACUACAGCAGAAACCAGCUCUCGGCGUCCCCCUUUGAGGACCUCGUGCCCCCCGUCUUACACCACAUCGCCCUCGGCAGACAUGGCACGCAAUGGAGGACAGAGUGGAAGGAGACGGUUCAGAGCUGCAUCGACAUCCACCCCGGCUGGGAAACUCACGUGUGGACAGACGACACCGCCGCUCAAUUCGUCGAGGACAAGUUCCCCGACCUCAAGGAGAUGUGGGACAGUUACACGUACCCCGUUGAACGAAUCGACGCUCUCCGCUACAUGCUUCUCUACGAAUACGGCGGCGUGGUGCUGGACAUGGACCUCAAAUGCACCCGCGCUCUCGGCCCUCUUCGACGAUUCGACUUCGUGGCGCCUGAAGCUCAUCCUGUCGGCUUCUCCGUCGGUUUCAUGAUGUCCAGCAGGCGCAAUAGCUUCGUCGGCGAUAUUGUCAACAACCUGGCCACUUACAACAAGCACUGGCUGGGCCUCCCCUACGCGACUGUCAUGUUCAGCACGGGCUGCCACUAUGCUUCGGUCAUCCACGCCGCCCAACCUGACCGGAGCAGCCUGAAGAUCCUGCCCGGACCACUGCACAGCCUCAACGGGCGGGUAACAACCCCCAUAUUCGAGCAUCUGGGAAGCUCAUCCUGGCACUCGUACGACGCUAGAUUCAUCACGUCGCUGGGCCGGAGGCUGCACCAGGUUGUCUUCUUCUUCGUGGGCGUCGCAGUGGCCCUGUUGGUCAGGAGGAGAUUAAUUGUGCGGCGGGUAUGGUGCAAUUGCAUGGGAGAUCGGUCACUCGUAUAA